AUUCUGCUGCAUCAUACUGUUUAUGUUAUUGAGGUUAAAAGGAAAAGAGAAAUGACAUGAAUAGUCAGAGAGGGAGAGAAUUACUCUCGCUCUCUCUCUCUCUUUCUCUCUCUGACUAGUCAUGUCAUUUAUCUUUUCCUUUUAACCUCAAUAACAUAAACAGUAUGAUGCAGCACAAUAUGCACAGCACAAACCAGUGCAAAAUAGGUGUGGUGUUCACUUGGGUUCUCAUAAAAAGCACUUCAAAAGAGCAGGUUGGAUGACCCAGACUGAUUAACUUAGAACAUGGCAGCAGUGAAAGCAUGCAAUAUCUUGAUCACCGGAGCCAACCGGGGCUUGGGCUUAGAAACUGUUAAGCAACUCUUGGAGAACUCCUGUCAAAAACAUAUUUUUGCUACCUGUCGUGACCCAGAUGGACCAAAGUCUGAGGCAUUGAGAGAACUGGCGAGAAAGCAUCCAAGUGUGAUCACUAUCAUAUGCCUUGAUGUUGAUGAUCCGUGCAGUAUCAAAGAGUCUGCCAAAAAAGUGGGAUCUCUUCUGGGAAACAAUGGUUUGAACCUGCUUGUGAAUAAUGCUGCAAUCGUGGCAAGAGGCACAAUUCAUACCAGUCGUGUUGAAGACAUGAAAAACACCUUUAACACCAAUGUUAUAGGACCCUUAUUAAUCAUUAGGGAGUACCAACCAUAUCUACAAACAGCAGCCAAAGCCAGCAGGACACCAGGCAUGUCCUGUAAUAAAGCAGCUGUCAUCAAUAUCUCCUCUGUUGCGGGAUCCAUGACCAGAAAGCCUUCCAACCACAUCCAGUCCCCAGUGUUGCCAUAUUCCAUGAGCAAGGCAGGUUUUAACAUGCUGACUGUGUUAGCUGCUGAAGAGUUAAAGGCGGAUGAGAUCCUCUGCAUGGCCCUUCACCCAGGAUGGGUGAAAACUGAACUGGGUGGAGAAAAAGAGUGGAGUGCUUCCGGGAGCGGGCUGGGUUUUGACAGCACCAGGGACAUUAUUUCACUCGGGGUGGCCAUUUUUGUGUGUCACUAUUGCUGUGUUACUAUUUGCAGUGAAGCUUGUGGGUGUGAUACUGAUUGGUGUGAUUUUUCUCUUUUGCAUACCUGGUGCUGUUAUAUUCACCCGCUUCUUCUAUAGGAAGACUCCGCUUUCUAUAGCAUUAUUAUUUGGAUGUUUUCUGUUUUUUUCUUUUUUUGGACCCAUGACAGUGGUGUGUGCCGGCUGUGGGUUUUAAAUCAAU